AUGAAUUGUGACCUCCAUCAAAACGAGAAAAAGAGACGUCACAGAAAGAGAGAAAAAAAAAAGAGAGAAUUCAUAAAAUCAUUAAGGAUUUUACAAGAUAUAUACAAAACAAAUCGUCGUAAUAAAAUAAAAGGAAAUAAAAAUGCUUCAAUAAUUAAAUAUAUAAAGUGUCUAGGAAAUAUUAAAAAAGGUAAUAACGAUAUUUUUAAAAUAACAAAAAGGUUCACAAUACACACAAAAAAAUACAAAUUAACAAAUCAACAAAUUAAAAAAAAUAAAAUAAUUAUUCAAAGAAAUAUUCUUCAAACCAAAAUUUUUAAUAAUGCUUCUGUUCAUAAACAACAGCACAGAAAAAUGAAAGAAAGUAAAUUUAUGGAUAUUGCCUAUGGAAAAAAAAAUGAAAGCGAAAAAAAUGAAAGCAAAAGAAAUGAAAGCGAAAAAAAUGAAGGCGAAAAAAAUGAAAGCGAAAAAAAUGAAAGCAAAAGAAAUGAAAGCAAAAGAAAUGAAGGCGAAAAAAAUGAAAGCGAAAAAAAUGAAGGCGAAAACAAUUUCCCUUUCCAGAAUGUAUCAAACAACAUGAACAUUUCAGAAGAAAAAAAUGUAAUAAAAUAUAACACUGUUAUGGAUAUACCUGGAGAUCUUCUCAAAAAUAAAAAUUAUGUUAAUAAUAUGAAGAAAAAUACACAUCAAGAUAAUAGUAAUGCACAAAAUGAGAAUGGAAAUACAAGAAAUUAUAGUAAUGGUUAUAUUAAUAAUGAAAUGGAUUAUUACAACAAUAAUUCUGGAAACAAUUUUAAUCUCACAAAACGUAAUAACAAUAGUAACGACUUUGGAGGGGAGGAUAGUGAUAGUAGUCAUAAUAAGAAGAACGAAGAAUAUUCAUAUGAUGAUGAAAGUGAUGAAGAGGAAGAGGAAGACGAAAAGAAAAAGGAAAAGGAAAAGGAAAGAGAAAAACAAAAUUAUUAUAAUAUACAAAAUGGUGAUCGUAUACAAAAUGGUGAUCAUAUACAAAAUGGUGAUCAUAUACAAAAUGAUGAUCAUAUACAAAAUGGUGAUCAUAUACAAAAUGGUGAUCAUAUACAAAAUGGUGAUCAUAUACAACAUGAUGAUCAUAUACAACAUGAUGAUCAUAUACAAAAUGGUGAUCAUAUACAAAAUGGUGAUCAUAUAAAACAUGAUGAUCAUAUACAAAACGAAAAUUAUUCUAAUAAACCAAAUAUAUCUGAUCAUACAUUUAAACCAAAAAUUGAGAGAGAAAAUGCGAAAGAAAAUGAAGAGAUUCAAAAGAUACAUUUGAAUGAGGAUAAUAAUUAUAAUUAUAAUACAUCUAAUAAUUAUUUUAAUAAAAUUCAUCAUACUAAUAAUAGCCAUAUUAAUAACGAUAAUCAAAAUUUACAAAACCAUAUUAUCAAACCUAACAACAUUAUUAAUACGUUCAACAACAAUCUUGUUGAAAAUAAUAAUAUACAAAAUACAAAUGAUCUUGAAACUAACGAUACGUGCAAAAGCUUCAAAUCAAUCAGAUCCAUGUAUAAAGAUAUGGAUUAUGCAAAUAAAUAUAAUUAUUGUCACCAAAAAAAAACAAGACAUGAUACCACUUCAAGUUUUAAUGAUAACGAAUCAGUGAUAUUCAAUAUGGUUAAUAAUGAACUCUCAUGUUUCUAUCCAAACAAUGCAGACGUUUUUCAUUUUUUAAGUAGUAAAGAAAAAGAAAUAGACGAUGAACUUUCAAUAGAGGAAGGAGAAGGAGACCAACACGAAGAAGAAGGAAACCACUACGAAGAUGAAGAAGGAGAACAAGAACAACACUAUGAUAAUCACGAACAAAUAAACCAACUUUAUGACGAUGAAGAACAAAUAAACCAACUUUAUGACGAUAAAGAACAAAUAAACCAACUUUAUGACGAUGAAGAACAAAUAAACCAACUUUAUAACGAUGACCAACAAAUAAACCAACUUUAUGACGAUGACCAACAAAUAAACCAACUUUAUGACGAUGAAGAACAAAUAAACCAACUUUAUGACGAUGAAGAACAAAUAAACCAACUUUAUGACGAUGACCAACAAAUAAACCAACUUUAUGACGAUGGCCAACAAAACAAAAUAAAUAAUAACACAAAUUAUGAUCUUGUAGACAAUGUUCAGCUCAAAUGUGCUCACGCAAAUAAAAAGAUUCUAAAUAUCGAUAGAUCAUUGGGGAAGGAACAAAAUACAUAUCAUGCGAAUAAGAUACAUAUGUAUAAUAAGAACCAUAAAAAUACUAUCAUAACAAAACAUGAUGAAGAAUCGUGUAGCGAGACAUAUAAUAGUCCUAUAAAUAACCCCCCCCAAAGGAUGAUAGAAGGUAAUCAAUCAAACAAAUAUAAGAACGUCGUUCCGAACAAAACUAGUAUAAGCGAUGUCGAGGAUAGGUUUUCAUAUUACCAUUCGAGCUCUGAGUCUGUGUAUGAAGAUUAUGUUUGUAAUAAUAAAAUUGAUGCAUAUAAUAAUACUAUUGACAUAUCUGAACAUACUGAAGAAAAUAAUAUAUUUGUGUAUAAGGAAGAAAAUAUGUUCUUUCUAAAAAGAAAAACAGAUAUAGAAGAAGGGGGGAAUAAUAAUGAUGAUAUUAUAUAUCAUAUAAAUACAAUAAAAGAUGAGAAAAAGAACAGAAUAAAAGUAGCAAUAGUUGGAGCAGGUAUGGCUGGUUUGUCUGCUGCAUAUAUAUUAAAAAAUAAUGAUAUCGAUGUAACAAUAUAUGAAGCACGUAAUAGAAUAGGUGGGAAGUUUUUUUUUUCUACUAGAGCUGAUAAAAGUUAUAUUGGUCAAGUAGAUUUAUUUAUACAUCGAAAAAAUCCUUUAAUUAAUUUUUGUUUAAGGAAAAAUAUAUAUUGUGAUAAUAUAAAUAAACAUUUAUAUAGACAAUAUAUAUAUUAUAAAGAUAAGAAGAUUUAUAAAUAUGAACUUCGAAAUGAAUUUUUUAGAGUUAUUAAAAAAUUAAGAUAUUCAUAUGAACAUUUAUUUAAUAUGAAACAUAUAAAUAAUAAUGUAAAAAAUAAAAAGAAACUAAUCUAUACAUCAUUAGGUGAAGCAAUUAAUUAUGAAAUAAAAAAAAUGAAAAAAGAUAAUAAUUUUAAAUAUAUAUAUUUACAAUUAUAUAUGUAUUUUAUCGAAACAUACUUAGGUAUAGAUAUAUAUUCAGUAUCAAUACAAUAUAUUUUUUAUAACAUAAGUUUUUUAGAUAUAUAUAAAAAUAUUUGUUGUCCUCUUGAGCUAAAUCAAAUCAUUAAAACAUUAAAACAAAAUCUUGACAUACAAAAAAAUAAAAUUGUUAAUAAAAUAUAUUCUUAUCAUGAUCAUAUCAAAUUAUCUUUUCAAAAUCAAGUCGAUUCUAAAGUAUAUGAUUACUGUAUCGUAACCGUUCCUAUAGGGGUUCUAAAGGAUAGUGUUCGUUUUUUUAAUUCAAAAAAGAAUAAGCGGAAAAAGGGUCCCAAUAUAAACAGGAAUCAAAAUAAAAAUAACAACAUAUAUGUGAAAAAAAUUAAAAAGAAAAAAAUCAAUAAAAAGAAAAUUAUGGAAAAUAAUAAUACCACUGUACAGAAUAAUAAUACGACUCUACAAAAUAAUAAUACGACUCUACAGAAUAAUAAUACGACUAUACAAAAUAAUAAUACCACUGUACAGAAUAAUAAUACCACUGUACAGAAUAACAAUACGACUGUACAAAAUAAAAACAAAAUUAUAAAAAACAAUGAACAAUUAUUUUCUAAAAAAAAUACAGCCUAUAUGAAUAAUUCAGACAACAUAAGUGAUUAUUUAUUAGAUAAUAUCGAAUUAAUAACACGCGAAAAAGAAACUAAUAAUUUGAAUAAAAAAGAGUUGUCUUAUAAAAAACAUGAAACAGGUAUCGAAAAAGAUAAACAUAUAAAUGAUCAUAAUAAUAUGAACAGUGGAACGUCUUGUUCUUAUCAUCAUAAUUAUUCUUUCCAUAAUAUUACUAGCGAUGAACAAAAUAGCCCAUAUGAAUGUAAUCACACAUGUAUAAAAAAAAAAUGUAAACAUCUUCAUAGUCAUAAAUAUAAUCUUAAGAAGAACCAUUUGUGUAAUUACGAUCCAGAAAAAAAUAAUAUGAAAUAUGAAAAAAGGAAAAAGGAUGAUACGUGUAACCAAUGUUGUGAGAAGAAAUAUCCAUGUAACAAACAAAAUAAUACAAUAAAUUGUAAUAAUAUGAAUGAUAUAUAUAAUAUAUUAUUUAUGGAAAAUAAAAAAAAGAAAAAGAAAAUAAUAAUAAAUAAAAAUCAUAAAAAAAUAAAUAAACAAAAUAAAAAAACAAAAAAAAAGAACAAAAAAAAGAACAACAAAAAUAACACAUCGAAAAAUACCACAAACAAUACAACAAACAAUACAACAAAAAAUAUAAAAAAUCAUAACAAUAAUGAUAAAUACACAGGACUAAUCGAAUUUAUUCCUAAAUUACCUGAAUGGAAAAUUAAUAGCAUAAAGAGAUUGGGUGUAACAAAAAAUAAUAAAAUCAUUGUAAAAUUAAAAGAACCUUUUUUUUAUUUCCAUCAAAAUGUUGUUCUAUAUUUUAAUAAUGAUAAAAUAACACAUGAUAAAAAAAAAAAAGGACACUUUAAAAAAACAAAACAAAAUAAAAGUUAUGAAUAUGACAAUAUAUUAGGUGAUACAUUAAAUGUUUCUAAAAAGGAUAAGUCAAGUACACAUGAGGAUUAUGCAUUCGGAUUUGUAAAAGCUGAGCAAAACAUAAAAACAAACAACCAAAUCAACGAAAAUAAUGUGAAUAACAACAUCAACGAAAAUAAUGCAAAUAACAACAUCAACGGAAAUAAUGCAAAUAACAACAUCAACGAAAAUAAUGCAAAUAACAACAUCAACGAAAAUAAUGCGAAUAAUAAUAAUAAUAGUAGUAGUAGUAGUAGUAGUAUUUUUUGUUGUAGUGGUAAGGGUGAUGAAAAGAAAAAUGAACGUAAAAAUAUAAAUAUGAAUGACAGUAAUAAUAUAGAUAUAGUAAUAAACAAUAAUAAUGCCAACGAUCAUUAUAACAUACGCCCAUUCCUUUCAAUAAAUGGUAUAAACAAAAACGAGGAAGACAAAUAUAUGAAGGUGUCAAAUAAAAUAAAAGAUAAAUUAUAUGAUUACAAUGAAAAUAUAUACGAAGAAGAUAACAUAACGACAUCACUAGAAAGAAGCUCAUCGUGUAUAAUUAAAAAUGAUAUGGAAUUAACUCACAAUACACAUAUUGGAGAUAUACCUAAUACUAAUAUGGAUAUACUGAAUUGUUUUCUUGAACAGAAUAAUAAUAAUAAUAAUAAUGAUGAUAGUAAUGAUAAUAAUGAUGAUAGUAAUGAUAAUAAUGAUGAUAAUAAUAAUAAUAAUGAUGAUAGUAAUAAUAAUAAUAGUAAUAAUAAUCAUCUUACCUAUAAUUAUAACAUCCAAAAUGUACAAUCAUUCCGUAGUACUAAAACAAAUCAGACGACUGUCGUUACAAAUAAGAUGUGUGAUAUUAAUCAAGAAAACACUAAAGAAAUAAAAAAAAAUAAAGUUAAUAAUGUUAAAAAAAAAAAUUUGAUGGUACCUUCAAAAAAAUGGAAAAAAGAAAUAACAUACAAUAAACAAAGUAAAUUAAUAAAAUAUUUAAAGAAUGAAAAUUUAAUUGAUAAAGAUAAAUUUUUCCUUUCGUAUAAUAGUGACGUAACAAUAAAUAAUCCAUUUAGUCAUAUUAUAUUUUAUAGUUCUCAUCCUGUAAUAGCCUUAUAUUUAAAGAGUAAUAUAGGAAGUCGGAAAAAAAAUAAAAAUAAUGAUGGAAAUAAUAAAAAUAAUGAUGGAAAUAAUAAAAAUAAUGAUGGAAACAAUAAUUACAGUAGUAAUAAUAUUACGUAUAACCAUUGUCCUUUUUUUAACCACUAUGGAGGUAAGAAAGAAUCCAUUAAAAAAAUGUGCAGACAUUUUCUAAAUGUAAUGCUUCCAGGUCUUAAAAUUGAAAAGAUACAUUUUUAUGACUGGAAUAAUAAUUAUUUUUCUAGGGGGAAUGUCUCUUAUUUAAAAAAGAAAAGCUUGAUAAUAGAUAAAGAUAUCUUGUCAUUCCCAAUAAAAAGAUUAUUAUUUGCUGGGGAACAUACUUAUCAUAGCGACUGCAACUCGUUAGUUAAUUCUUAUCUAAGCGGUAAAAGGGAAGCCUAUAGAAUCAUUGAACGUCUUAAUAAAGUAAUAUAUAUGGAUAAAUUAACCAAAUGUUUUUAUAACAACAAUAUGAAUAAUAUAAACAAUAUGAAUAAUAUAAAUAAUAUGAAUAAUAUAAACAAUAUGAAUAAUAUAAACAAUAUGAAUAAUAUAAAUAAUAAUCAUAAUAAUCAUAAUAAUCAUAAUAUUCAUAAUAUUCAUAAUAAUCAUAAUAUUCAUAAUAUUCAUAAUAUUCAUAAUAUUCAUAAUAAUCAUAAUAUUCAUAAUAUUCAUAAUAAUCAUAAUAAUGAUGAUGGUGAUAAUGAUAUGAUGUCUUCUUUAUUAUGUAAAUACAAAGUAAAUAAUCUUAAAGAAACCAUCAUAAAUAACAUAUGUACUAACUGCUUUAUAUACAUUUAUGAUGAUGAAAUGGUUGGAUUGAAUAAAAAAGAAUAUGAUAUGUGGUUUAAUAAUAUAAGAUGCAUAUUUUGUAAUGAGACACAAACUAUAAAUAAAUAUUUUAUAGGAAUUAUAAAAUUAAAACAUCGUAAUGGUAAAAAUGUAAAAUAUACAUGUCAUAAAGAAUGUCUUUAUUUUAAUAAUUAUACUUUUAAUCAUAUAUAUGGUAAUAGAUAUUUUAAUUUAACCAUAUUAUUUAAUCAUCUUUAUCAUAAAAAAUGUUCCGUAUGCUUAUUUAAUUUCCCAUCUCUUAAAUGUAGUAUAUAUAAUUGUUAUAAUUUUAUACAUCUAAAUUGUGCUUAUAAUUAUUUAUCAUGGCCAAACUAUUCCAAAACUAGUAGACAUGAAAUCUUAUAUUGUUAUGAACACCAAUAUAUGCAUGGGACCUAUCAUAAUUAUAAUGAUAUCAAAAAUAUAAAUCCUCAACAUAAUAUAAAAACAAAUAAACAAAUUCAUAAACAUAAUAGGAAAAACAAAAGAAAACAACAAAAUAUAAUAACUCUAAGUGAUUCAAUAUCGAAUAGUAAUAAAAGUAAUAAUAAUAAAAGUGAUUAUCGUAAUAAUAAUAACAAAUGUGAUUAUCGUAAUAAUAAUAACAAAAGUGAUUAUCGUAAUAAUAAUAACAAAAGUGAUUAUCGUAAUAAUAAUAAUAAUAAUAAUAAUAAUUCCGUGACAGAUAUAUUUAUGGACACAAAGAUAAAAUGGGAUAAUCAAAUUCCCAAUCAUUUUGAUAAUAAAUAUUGUAAUAUGCUAAUGGACAUUCAUGAUAUAAACAACAUUUAUAAAAUUAACAACAAAAAAAAUAAGAGAAAAAAAAAAAAAAAAGAAAAAGAAAAAGAAAAAAAAAAAAAGAAAAUUACAAAUUGGGAUAUAAUACAUAAUAAUAUUAUAAAUUAUAUUAUAAAUAAUAACAUUAGUGAUCAUAAUAAAAAAAAUCAUAUCAAGAAUAAUAACAUAAUUAAUAAUGUCAUCCAUAAUAAUUAUAUGAUUAAACAAACACCUUUAAUAUACAACAUUAAUAAAAAAAUACACAAUCAUCUUAUCAACAAUCAAUUUCAUUACAAUAAUCAUAAUACAAAUGACCUGUCCAUUGAAACAUUAAGCAAUAACAUACACGCAAAUAUUAGCACCUUCUUAAAGUAUUAUAAAAAUAAAAAUAAACGAAAUAAUAAUCACCAAUUUUUUACACUCUUAAGAAAAAAUUAUCUUAAUUCUAUAAAUAAAAAUUUAUACAAGUAUAUCAUCAACAAAUAUAAAAACACAUAUCAUAUAUAUGAUUAUCACAAAGAUAUCUUAAACAAUUCAUCAUAUACAUCUAUAGAAAAUACAUAUGAAAAAUACCAUAUGCACAAAAUUAAUCAUAAAGAAAAAACAAACAAAAAACAAAAUAUUAUAUUUCCCACAUAUGAUAUAAAAUAUAUACAUAAUAAAAAUUGUAUGCCACAUACAAAAAAUAAUUCCUUAUUCAUACAUAACACAUCUAACAAACAAACCGACCCUUAUGAAAAAAAAAAAUAUGUGCAUGCAACGGAUAAGUAUGCUAUAGAUCUCAAAAAAUAUCACCCUCUACAAAAUGUACGACAACAAAAAAAAUAUAUUAUGAAUGAUGAAAUAAGUAAAAAAUUGAAUUCUGAAGGUAUAAAUGAUGACAAACAUGUGGAGGUAUACGAUUUGACUGAUGAUAAGGCAAAUGAUGUGAUACAUGAUAUAAAAAAUGAUGUGAUACGUGAUAUAAAAAAUGAUGUGAUACAUGAUAUAUCAAAUGAUGUGAUAUGUGAUAUAACAAAUGAUGUGAUACAUGAUAUAUCAAAUGAUGUGAUACAUGAUAUAACAAAUGAUGUGAUACAUGAUAUAACAAAUGAUGUGAUACAUGAUAUAACAAAUGAUGUGAUACAUGAUAUAACAAAUAAUAUGCCACACGAUAGAAAGAAACAAAUAACAUAUGAUGAAAAAUGUACAGAGAUAUAUAAAGAUAAUCAUGUAGACGACUCUUCGUUACCUAAUAAAGAUAUUUUGUUUUUAAAAAGUUUAUAUGAAGAUAAAAAUAAAAAUACCCAUCAAAAUGAUCUUAAUCAAAUGACCCAAGUAAAUAUAAAAAAUAAAUACGAUCCACAUAUAUAUAAUAAGCAUAUUCAGAGAAACUUUAAUUGUCAUAAUCAAAAAGGAUUAAAUAUAAAUUUUGAUAAGGAUAUAAAAAAUAAAUAUAAUAAUAUAAAUAAAUACAACAAUUUUAAUAAUAACAAUUCUUCUUAUGACCCUGUUAAAAAUAAUAACAUAAAUAAUACAUAUUAUAAUGCCCAAGAACAAAGAAAUCACCCUAUACAUAAAAAACACAUGUUAUAUGAUAAUGAUGGAAAGAAAUAUACACAUGCAUAUAAAAAUUCCUUAAUAUGUAGAGUAUUAUCUAAUUAUUAUAAACAAAUAAGAAAAGAAAAAAACAGAUUAAUAUAUAAUCAAUCUUGUUCAAAGAAGAGUACUCUACCUUUAGAAAGACGAAUGUCUAUAAAUAUGAAUAAUAGUAGUAACUCCAAAGCUUAUAAUAAUAACAUGAGAGAUACCAGCAGCAGCAAUACCAGCAUGAGCGAUACCGACAUGAGCGAUACCACUAGUAGUCAUACCACUAGUAGCCAUACCACUAGUAGCCAUACCACUAGUAGUCAUACCAAUAGUAGCCAUACCAAUAGUAGCCACAUACCUAGUCGCCACAUACAUAGUCGCCACAUACAUAGUCGCCAUAUACAUAGUCGCCACACCCAUAGUAGCCAUACCACUAACAGCGAUACCAACAGUAGUAAUAAUAAUAAAAGCUCGUCUAACUCUGUAGACAUAUCCAGUUUUCCAAAAAAUAUUUGGUCUCCACCUGUUUCUUCUAAAGACACUUGUCAAUCCCAUAUAAAUAGAAAUAUUACCUAUAGGGUUAAUAAAAUAAAUGAAAAAAAGAAUAUAUACCCUCAAGAAUGCGUUUGCACCUCUGCAAAUAAUAUAACAUAUUUUAAUAUAGAAAAUAUGCAUGUAGACAAAUAUUUAAAAAAUUAUAUAUUAAAUAAUAGGCAUAAUGAUAAUAUUCUUAAAACUAUGAAAGAACAUCAAACAGAAUUAUCAUAUGAUGCAAAUAAAAGAAAUCAAAAAAGUAUACACACGAAAUAUACAAAUGACAAAUGUGACCAUAUAAACCUCAAUAAUAUGGAAAACAAUUUUAUGUCUUCUAAUAAUAUAGGAUAUUAUAAAAAUACGAAAUUUUACGUUGAACCUAAAAAUCAUAUACAACACAGUGUUUUACAAAAUCAUAAUAUGACAAACGAUAGGAACACACAUAAUAAUAAGAUACCUAAAGAACACAUUCCUAUAAAAAAACCAACCUAUCAACCAUAUAUAAAUACAUUAAAUGAAAAACAAAACGAAACAAAUAGUAAUAAGGAUUUACUAAAUUAUAAUAAAAAUAAAUUAGAACUUUUGUAUAAUCUAUAUCUUCAACAUAAUAGAUUAAAGGAACAGUUACAUGCAGAUUCACAAAAACAAAAUGAAGAUCAUUCUAUAGAAAAUGAUGUGUUAGAAAAUUAUUAUAAAAUAUUAUAUCGUAAUGUACAAUCGGGUAAUAUGAGUGGAAGAGGCUUCUUUCCAAAACUUUCUUGUGAGAAGAAAAACAAGAAUGAUGACUCUGAAGAAUAUUAUGAUAAUAACCAUUAUGCUGAUGUGCAGAAAAGAUUAUUUUAUCCAAUACAAAAAAAUACAAACUUACAGCCAGAAAGGAAAAUAAUAAAAAAAGGAGAAUCAUAUGAUAAUUACAACAACUCGGUAAAUUUAAAUUUUAACAAAUUAAAUAAAAAUGGCAACACAUUAAAAUAUAACAACAACAACAAUAAUAAUAAUAAUAAUAAUAGUAAUAAUAAUAAUAAUAAUAAUAAUAAUAGUUGUUGUUGUAGUAAUUAUUAUAAUCAUCUCAGUUAUCAUACCGAUCCAGAAAAUAAAAAACACUUAAAUAAAAGUUCCUUUUUUUUUGUAGAUAAUAAGAAAAAUAUGAACAAUAUAAAUAUGAUAAGUGAUACCUUUACUAGAAAUAAUCAAGAUGAUAUAAUGAUAUACAAAGGAACUUGUGAUUUUUCUAUGAAUAAAAAAAAAAAUGAUAAUAUAAAAGAAAUUAACAAACAGAAAGAUAUAAAUAAAGGUGAUAAUAAUAAUAAUAAUAAUAAUGGCAAUAAUAAUAAUAAUAAUAAUAAUAAUAUAUGUAUAGGUACAUGUACUAAUAAUAUGAACAAACUCAUGAUGAACAUGUUACAAAAUGUGGAAACAAAUCAAUGUGCAAACAAAAUGUAUGACCAAAAUGUACACAUAGAAAAAAAUUUAUAUCUCUCAAAAAAUAAGAAAAACAUAAAAAAAGAUGAGCAUGUGAAAAUUAUACAAAAAAAUGAUGAAUUUAUAGAUAAAGGACCUGAAUAUAAUAAAAACCAAACUUCUCAUAAUAAUAACAUAUUUGUAAAUGAUAUUACAAAUGUAGAAAAAAAAAAAAGAAAAAAAAAAAAAAGUCAAAUACAACAAGAAGAUAUGUUAAAAGAAAACUAUGAAAAUUGUAAUCUUAUUAAAGAACCUUAUGUAAAUCUUCUUAUAAAAUGUUUAAGUCAAAGUAAAAAUAAGGAUCAGUUCUUAUCUAUAUUGCUAAAUAUGAAAAAAGAAAAUAUGAAUGUAAAUAUAAAUAAAGAUGACAAUACAUAUGAUAGUCAUAUAAAUAAAGAUAACAAUACAUAUGAUAGUCAUAUAAAUAAAGAUGACAAUACAUAUGAUAGUCAUAUAAAUAAAGAUGACAAUACAUAUGAUAGUCUUAUAAAUAAAGAUAACAAUACAUAUGAUAGUCAUAUAAAUAAAGAUCACAAUACAUAUGAUAGUCUUAUAAAUAAAGAUAACAAUACAUAUGAUAGUCAUAUAAAUAACAAAAUAUUUCAUAAUACUAAUCAAAAUUGUAUAGACAUCAAUUCUUAUAAAGGAAGUAAUUCAUUUAUUAAUUUACCUUCAAACAGUUUUGAAAAAAAAAGAAAAAGAAAAUUAGAUCAAUCUGUAGAAAAUACAAAAAACGAUAUGAACUCAAAUCCAGAUUUAAAAUAUAACUUAAGGAAAAAACAAAAAAAUUAUAAUUUUUUAAUAAACGAGAAAAAAAUGAAAGAUAUACAAAAUAUAAAUGAAUCCGAUAAUGUAAAAAACAUAUUAACUUUAACAAGUAAACUUAAUUUGGAUAUCAAUGAAAAUCUUUUUAAUAAUAAUUCGGAUAGGACAAAUAUCAAAGAUACUUCAAAACAAAAAGAAAAUAUACGUGGAGAUAUAAAAACAGUUGAAGAAAAAAGUAUAAAUAAUGUUAAAGAUAAUGAUAUAAUAAAUAAACAUAAACUUGAUAAAGAUAUAAAUAAUAUAUUAGAAGAAGACAAAAAUAAAACUGAUGAAAACAACAACAACAAUAAUAAUAAUAAUAAUAAUAAUAAUAAAAGAAGAAGAAGAAGAAGAAGAGAAAAAAAAAGUGAUAUUGAUAAAACAAAAAUAAAAUUAAUAAAUGAUACUAUUCUUGAGAAUUAUGAAAAGAACAAACAUAUCUUUAUGCCACAUAAUUAUUCACCAUCAAUUUCUUUUGAAAAUAAAGAAAAUUCAAGUGUUUUAAGCUAUUUUCUUAACAAACGAAACAUUAAUGAUAAUAUCAUUUCUAAUCAAAAUAAAAAUAUUAAUAUAUUAAAAGGUUCAGAUAUACACAAACAAGUUGAAGACCCACAUAAAAAUAAUGACAUUCUACAUAAUUUACAAGAAACAUUAAAAAAAGGAAUUCUGGCUAUACAAAAAAAGGAAAACAAAACAUAUAGUCAUACGAACAUCUCACGUGACAUGUACACUAAACUGAUUUGUGCACAAUCUAUGAAUUCUCCUAUAUAUGCAGAUGUAUCCAUGGAAGCAUGUCCUACAAAAAUUAUAAAAAGUUAUAGUACUUCGAAUGUAAUAAUAGGAAAUAAAAAAAGCGACAAACAAAAUGAUAAUAAUGGGGAUAAUAAUAAUAAUAAUGAUGAUAAUAAUAAUAAUGAUGAUAAUAAUAAUAAUGAUGAUAAUAAUAAUAAUGAUGAUAGUAAUAAUGACAAUAAUAAUGACAAUAAUAAUGAUAAUAAUAAAGAUAAUAAUAAUGACAAUAAUAAUGAUAAUAAUAAUGAUAAUAAUAAUGACCAUAUUAAUAACAAUAAUAAUGAUAAUAAUAAUAAUUAUUAUUAUAAUAAUAUUCAUAAAUAUGAGAAAGUAUUCAAAAUAUUAGCACAUAAUAAAAAUAUUUGGGAAAAAAUUAAUUUGAAGAAAAACCAAAAUAAUGUGUUAUUACCUACACAAGGGACACAUGCAAAUAUGAAUAAUCAAUAUAACAUUUUAUUAAACCAAAGAAAUAAUAAAACUUUUGAUGAUAAUUUAUUAGAUAUAUAUAAGCAAUUUAAGAAAGCAGGAGAAAUAUCAAAAAUAGUAAACAUCAAAGAUAAUAAAGAGGAUCAUAAUAAGAAGAAUUGUGCUACUUCAGAAAUGACGAAAACAUUUAAUUUAGACCUUCUAAAUAUUAAAUCUUCUAAUCAAAAGAAUGAAAUACAACAUAUAAAUAAUAAAGGUGAUAAACAUAUUACAAAUGUUUUUAUGACGAAAACAAAAAGUAAUAACAAUAUAAAUAUGGAAAAUGCCGACAUGUUAUUAAUUGAUGAGGAAACAAUUAAUAAUAACAAUAAUAAUAAUAAUAAUAAUAUUAAUAUUAAUAUUAAUAAUAAUAUUAAUAAUAAUAAUAAUAAUAAUAAUAAUAAUAUUAAUAAUAAUAAUAAUAAUAAUAAUAAUAAUAUUAAUAAUAAUAAUAAUAAUAUUAAUAAUAAUAAUAAUAAUAAUAAUAAUAAUAAUAAUAAUAAUAUUAAUAAUAAUAUUAAUAAUAAUAAUAAUAAUAAUUAUAAUAUUAAUAAUGUUGAUGAAAAGGAUAAAACUAUAGAAUUGAUAAAAAUGAAUAAUGAUAUAAUUACAUUAAAUAUGAAAACUCAAAUAAAUAAUCUUAUAAAUAAUAAUAAUAAUGAGAUAUAUACAAAUAAAGGGAAAUGUAAUAAAUAUAUAGAAAAUUAUAUUCAUGUAAAUAAUAUGAGUAAUUGUAAUAUGCUUGGUAAUAAUAAGAAGAAUAAUAUUAAUAAAGCUCUUAUUAAUCAAAAUGAUUUAUGUCUCAUUAAUAAUGAUGACUAUAGUGUUAGGGACAAUAUUGUUGCUACUAAAAAUAAUAAUAAUAAUAAUAAUAAUAGUAAUAAUAGUAAUGAUUGUGUCAAAUUAACUUGCGAAGAUGAAGAAAAAUAUAAAUAUCACAUUAAAACAAAAGAGUAUGGAAAAUACAAUAAUAACAACGAUAUCAUCAAAUGUAAUCUUACUCAAAAUAAUUUAAUAAAUAAUGUGCACAAUGAUAUCCAAUAUAAUAUAACAGAAAAUUCUUUAGCUCAAAAUCAAGAGUAUAAUAAUUUAUCAAUACACGCAAAAAAAAGAAAAAAAAAAGACAAUAAUAAUUAA